UUYUCUCUGUGUCAAUCUCUAGGGAAAAAAUGGAUAUGCAGUCAAUUCCGGCAAUAGCCAUCGGCAGUACGGCGGUGGCAAUCGCCCUUGGCCUUUUCUUCUGGUUCUUCAGACGCCAUGUUCCUGAUCACAUCGAUCAUCCAAAUCAUCUUCCUUCUGUUCCUGAGGUGCCAGGGAUACCGGUGUUGGGGAAUUUACUGCAAUUGAAGGAGAAGAAACCAUACAUGACUUUUACAAAAUGGGCAGAAACUUAUGGACCUAUUUAUUCGAUUAGAACUGGAGCCAUUUCCAUGGUGGUUGUUAGUUCAAAUGCUAUCGCCAAGGAGGCACUGGUUACCAGAUUUCCAUCCAUCUCAACCAGAAAGCUAUCCAAGGCAUUAGAGGUCCUCACUGCCGAUAAAACCAUGGUCGCUAUGAGUGAUUACAACGACUAUCACAAGACUGUCAAACGCCAUAUACUCACCGCUGUUUUGGGACCAAAUGCUCAGAAGAAACACCGAGUCCAUCGAGACAUCAUGAUGCAGAAUCUUUCAAACCAACUGCAUACAUUUGUUCAAAACUCUCCUCAAGAAGAAGUGAACCUGAGGAAAGUAUUCCAAUCUGAACUUUUUGGAUUAGCCAUGAGACAAACAAUGGGAAAGGAUGUGGAAAGCAUAUAUGUGGAGGAUCUCGGAACCACCAUGAACAGAGACGAGAUCUUUCAGGUGCUGGUGGUUGACCCGCUGAUGGGGGCUAUCGAGGUCGACUGGAGAGAUUUCUUCCCGUAUCUCAAGUGGAUUCCAAAUCGAAACUUUGAGAACACGAUCCAACAAAUGUAUAUCCGGAGAGAGGCCGUGAUGAAGGCCCUUAUUCAAGAACAUAGAAAACGUAUUGCUUCAGGGGAGAAUUUGAACAGCUACAUCGAUUACUUGCUAUCAGAAGCACAAACACUAUCGGAGAAACAACUASUUAUGUCCCUAUGGGAGCCAAUCAUCGAAUCAUCAGACACCACUAUGGUCACCACAGAAUGGGCAAUGUAUGAACUUGCAAAAAAUCCCAAGAUUCAGGAUCGAUUGUACCGGGAAAUCCAAGGUGUCUGUGGGUCCGACAAGAUCASGGAGGAAAACUUGGGUCAGCUGCCAUACUUAUCUGCUAUUUUUAAUGAAACCUUGAGAAGGCAUGGUCCAGUUCCGAUAAUUCCAUUAAGAUACGUGCAUGAAGAUACAGAACUGGGAGGGUACCAUAUCCCAGCUGGAACCCAGAUAGCGGUAAACAUUUAYGGGUGUAACAUGGAGAAGGCAGUGUGGGAGAAUCCGGAAGAAUGGAAUCCAGAGAGGUUUUUUGAGGUUGAAGGUGAUCAGAAAACAAUGGCAUUUGGAGGAGGCAAAAGGGUAUGUGCUGGUUCUCUUCAAGCAAUGUUGAUUGCUUGCAUUGGAAUUGGAAGGAUGGUGCAGGAGUUUGAGUGGAAACUCAAAGAUGAGGCUGCUCAAGAGGAUGUSAAUACCCUGGGGCUUACCACUCAAAAGCUUCGUCCACUGCAUGCAAUCAUAUACCCAAGAAAAGAAAAUGAUGCAAAAGUUUGGAAAUGUUAGAAUUUGUGAGAAGUAGCGUCCUCGUUUUUAAGAUCGACGUUGAUAGGUAUUAUCAUUACAUGUGGCUUUCCACACCUUUUGUUUGCAAAAAAGAUGAUGUGGUUGGGAUCUUUGAAUCGUAACGGAAUUGUUCGUG